AUGCCGACGGACGGACAACAGGCAAGUGCAAAUGCGGGAACGACUGACAGGAUUACACAGCUUAAACCUCCCGUUCAGUUGGUCUUUGAUGCGACAAACUUGGCUGACAAUUGGAAAAGAUGGAAGCAAGAAUUAGAAUUGUACAUGGAUCUGGCAAUGAACGGCAGAGACGAAGUGACGAAAGUAAAGUUAUUUCUGUAUUUAAUCGGCAGUCAAGGAAGAGAAAUUUAUGAUACGUUGGCCUUCGAAAUUCCCGCGUCGGAAAGAACCUUAACGCAGGUGUUACAAGCGUUCGACGGGCAUUGUAAUCCCAGAAAAAAUGAAACUGUUGAGAGGUUCAAGUUUUUCUCCCGUAAUCAGGACCCUGGUGAAUCACAAGGAAAGUUCGUUACAGAUUUGAAGAUGUUGGCGACAACCUCUAACUUCGGUGAUCUUACAGAUUUGUUGAGCAGCCGAGUUGUAAAAAACACGGACCAAAACUUUGGAAGAGGGCGAAGCAGUAAACUCAUUGAAGGACUAAACGAGGCGGCAAGGUGUCAGCUAACAAAAGCCAUGACAAGUCUGCGAACAAAAGGCGAAAAUGCUGAUCGGAACGCGAGAGAUUCCAGUCCUAAUGAAGUACUAAGAUGCAAAUUCUGUGGUGUAAAACAUCAUGUUACCAAGAAAAGUUGCCCCGUGUUUGGGAAAAGGUGUUCGGUUUGCAGAAGAAUGAAUCAUUUCGCUUCACAAUGCCUUUCUAAAACAAGAGUGAACGUCGUCGAAUCAGAAAGUGAAGGAAAUCCAACGAUGCAGCAGACGGAUUUGGUCAGGGUGCAACACCAAAAUGUUAUGACCGUCAAUACUGAGGUUCAGCGCGGUAGUCAGGGCCCCCUUUCGAUGGAAGAAGUCUUAAAGGAGUACUCAGAUGUGUUUCAAGGCACUGGAAAAUUGAAGGGGCAGUACAAGCUGGAAAUUGAAGAGAAUGCUAAGCCAGUAGUCCAUCUUCCUAGACGAGUACCUGUCGCGCUCAAGGGAAAGCUGAAACGAGAGUUGGAACGGCUGCAGAGUCUCGGGAUCAUAGAAAAAGUCAUAGAGCCUACCCCUUGGGUUUCGAGCCUCGUUAUUGUGCAAAAACCUAAUGGAUAG